UGGUUUCCUGUCAUUCUUCUGUUCAGAGCAGUUCCCAUGAGUGGGCAUGCAUAGCCGCACUAGAGCGAGCGUGAAGGGAAACAGCAUCACCUGUGUGACUUUACUUUUAUUUAAGACACUGAAGAGAGCGCCGUAGAUGUAGGUGGACGUAUAUGCGGUGAGCGAUGCAUACGAUCCACGGUCUCUGUCGGCUCUGCAUCGAACGAAACUUGCCACAGGUGACCAUUUUAAGAGGAAAAGAUGGAUUUGGCUUCACCAUCUGCUCUGACUCCCCUGUACGGGUCCAAGCUGUUGAUCCAGGUGGUCCAGCUCACCAGGCAGGUUUACAGCAGCUAGACACAUUAUUGCAGCUAAACGGCCAGCCGGUUGAACACUGGAAGUGUAUAGACCUGGCUCAUGCCAUCAGGAAUUGUCGUAAUGAGAUCACAGUGGUGGUGUGGAGAACAGUGCCUAUUAUGAAGCCUUACUACGAGGGGCUUAUCCACAGACCGUCCUACAAACCCUCCGGGUUUGAUUCUCUCGCUUCAACUGCAAAGACACAUAACAAAACCCCACCCUUACUCUCUCGACCCACCAAUCACAAACAGGGUCGCCGCAAAAAAGGAAGUGGCCCUGAUAACACAGGAAACGGAGUAGGAGAGUCGUUGUGGUCUUGGACUGGCAAACGAGAAGAAAAUGACUACAAAACACGCACACAGACCCUCAAAGGUACCCGUGUGACAUCAUCAAACGGUGACAACUACAUCAUCCUCUCUCCUGUCAGCCCGGGAAACCAGAUAUUGCAGCCGGUGUAUUCUGACUCUAAUGGCACACUGGGAACUUUAGGAAGAAUCUAUCAGACUAGCAGAGGAGUGCAGCAGAGCCCAGACUACCUGCAGAAUGGGGGGCUGCAAGCACAAGCCACCUUGUGCAGGUCUAUCAACAGUAAGACCACCACCUUGCCUCCUUCAUCCUACAGACAGAGCUUUGCCAACUACCAGAACUGCACCAUCGUCCAGUCCCAUCUGCCUCACUCCAACUAUGGCACAUAUGUCAGUCUGGCCCCCAAGAUCCUCAUCUUCCCAGUUUUUGUUCAGCCACUGGAUCUGUGCAGCCCAGAGAGAGUCCUGAUGUUGUCAGAGGAAAUGAUCCUUCAUGACAGUAAACACACUGCUCUCAAGGCUACAGUGUUCAUCUACACAGAUCUGAUGCUGUUGACCAGGGAAGAUGAGCCGGGCCGCUGUAAUGUACUACAGAGUCCACUUUACCUCCAUGAGAUACAGCUGCAGGAUGGUACGCGUCAGGACUUAGAAUUUUGUAUGUUAUUAUCUAACAAUAAAUGUGAUUGUCUUCUGAGCCUGGAAGCAGAUUCCCUGGAGCAAAAAUCAAGAGUGUGUCAGUGUUUGAGCGAGAACAUCAAAAAACAGCUACAUCUGCACGCGAGACAGACUUUCUGCCCACCUCAGCAGAUGCUCGAACCCAAGCAGGAUGAGCCAUGUGACCUCAGGGGCCGGAGAAUGACCUCUGAGGAUGACCAUUCCCUGGGCAACUUUUCCGAUGCAUCAGCCACCACUGCCAGUAGCCCUCAGUCCAGGAGCCUCAACCUGCUGGAGGAUCUGUGUACCCCUCUGGAGGAGAACAUCCACCUGGUUCCACCAACACCUCCGCCCUCCACUGAGGGAGAAGAUGGGAAGAGCACCGAGAGCAGCAUGAAUGAGCUAUGGAGGGAGGAUGAAGGCAGGGAGAAAGAGGAGGAGAGGGAGAAUACAGAUCCAACGACGGAGGAGAAAGAAGAGCAGGAGUUCUUGCACGCACACGCAAGAGACUGUGAAGAUGAAAAACCCCUGCUUGUUGACGAGGACAAUGCUUCAGAGGCAGUGGACACGAACGCUCCACCCUCAUCCUCUUCUUCAUCAUUUGUUAUCCCCGAGCUGCGAUUAGAUCGGUCCUUCAGUGCAGACGCACUCUCCACCCCUGGCACAGAUGAAGAGUAUGAAGAAGAUGAAGAUGAUGAGGAGGAGGAGGAGGAGGAAGACAGCGAUGAUAACUACCUGGAACGCAGUGACAGUAAAAGGAGGAGCAUGGUAGAGGCCACUUCCUGCGAAAAGCACUCAGGUGGACUCAGCGUGCAGAAUUCCUUGCGCAGACGCACACACAGUGAGGGCAGCCUUCUCCAGGACCCUCGCGCAACCUGCUUCACAUCUGACAAUGCCAUCAACUGCAUGGAGGUGGCCGGCACACACAAGGGCGGCUGGACACUUCCAUCGCCCAAAACUCUGAAGAAAGAGCUGACUAAGAAUGGAGGGUCCAUGCACCAGCUGUGUAUGCUCUUUUCUGGAAGAAAACUGAGCGCCGGCUCUGAAUGCAGCUGUGACGUGGGUCCUGACGGGACCAAGAAGAAGAAAUCCAAAAACCUGGCCAAAGACAUGAAGAACCGACUCGCUUUCCUGAGGAGGAGGAAUGAGUCUCCCGGAAGCACCCCAGUCGGCAAGCUCGACAAAUCCAUGAAGUCUGUCAAGCCCACUCCUGAAGAAGCAAUGAAGUGGGGAGAAUCGUUGGACAAGCUGCUCAUCCACAAAUAUGGACUGGCGGCGUUUAGAGCUUUCUUGCGCACCGAGUUUAGUGAAGAGAAUCUGGAUUUCUGGCUGGCCUGCGAGGAUUACAAGAAGAUUAAAUCACAGUCCAAGAUGGCAUCAAAAGCUAAGAAAAUCUUUGCGGAAUUCAUUGCCAUCCAGUCUUGUAAGGAGGUGAAUCUGGAUUCCUACACCAGGGAACAUACUAAAGAAAACUUGCAAAACAUUGAUCGUUCUUGCUUCGACCUGGCUCAGAGGAGGAUAUAUGGCCUGAUGGAGAAAGACUCGUACCCUCGAUUUCUGCGUUCAGAACUCUACAUGGACUUAGUGAAUCAAAAGAAACCCAGCACCACAUCGACAUCCUCCUCCUCCUAAGAUGGCAGAGAAAGCGAAAAAGAGAGACUAUAUGAAGUAGCAUUGAAGAGGUUACUUUCACUUAGCAUUUAAUUCUCAUCAGCCAUUCUAUCUGUUAAUGUGGUGAAAAGACAGGGAGUGGAGAAAUGCACAAGGCUUCGUUUACAAGAGGUGAAAAAAGGUAGUGUGACCGACCUAGUGGCGCUGGACGAGUGGGGCACCACCAUGCUGAAUAAUGCUGGUUAUUCCCAUUUGAAUUUUAUUAUUUAAUUGGUUUUCCAAGUGUACUGGAGACAAAGGAGGCUAUUAUUGCCUCUUUAACACUAAGACAGCUGGGUACUGUUUAGCAUGUUUCUCUUCUUCUGCUCAAGCACUGCACCUCUCUUUGUUCUCCAUUUCAUGAUGACUUUCCUGGACAUUUCAGAAAUGUCUUGUGCCUACGGGUUGGAUGUCUGGAUGGCACGUAGAAGACAUUGAUGAUCAUGCACUUAUCGCUCAGUGGUGUUCCUGUGAACCUUCCUCCAUGUCUGUCGACUCCAUAUCACAUGAAGGGGUGCAAAAAAAUGCUGGCACAACCCUCAUUUAAUACACACAUCAUAAAUAAGUGUACAAACGCUCUAGAGGACUGGACCAAACCGCAUCUGAAGACUGGAGCAUUUCGCUCUGAGCUUGAAAUGGACUGUUUUUGGUCUCUAAAGACUAUACAAAACAUGCUUAGCUGCGUAUGUAAAGCCAAUAAGCCAUUCAUUGUAGCUUCACAUUAAGAAUGGAAGAGACAGUAUUCUCAGGACAUUAUGGCACUCAACUAUGAAGCUUCCAGACCUACUUAACCUUCUGUUUCUAAACUUAAAAUGUUGUUUUUCCGGACUUUAGGUUUAAUCAUGCACUCUAUAUUUAAUAGGGCACAAGGUCAGUUAGGAUCUUCCCUAUAUUUGUUGAUAAGACGACAUGUUUUACCAAUACAAAAAAAUUUAGUUAUUUAUUUAGAGGUUUCACUGGUUGCUUUGUUCAUUGCACUCAGCUGAAUUUCCCUUUUCCACUUUGAUCCAGGUCCACAGCUGUCCUGAAGUAAGUGCAAUAUGUUUAUUAUUUUCAUUUGUUGACUUAUCUUAUGGAUAAGUUUACCUUUUUUAUGAAAAAGACAAUAGAUUGAGCUCUGUAUUAAUUUUAUUGUAAGUUACAGGUAAUGUAAGAAUUACAUUAGUACACAAAUUAUUGUAACUGUGUUUCCCUGGCAGCAGGCAGCCGGGUUAAUGGAUGUAUAUAUAAUUCUUAAGAAAAAAUGAUAAAAAGAUAAAAACACACAAGGUUUUGUGGGUGCCAUGAGGCGUUGCUGUACCUAUGUAAAUAUGUGAACCUUAAAGCUAUAAAAUGACAUGUAUUGUUAUAAAUCGGGGGGGAACAGGUAUGGUCGUCCUCUGCCUUGGACGUACACUGCUUGUAAGUAGUUUUAUGAAAUGUAUUUUAUCAUUUUCACUGUUUACAAUUCCAACGCAUCUCCUAAGAUAGCAAGUGCAAAAGAAAAUAGAGAUUUACAAAAGCCAGUGUCAUUGCAAAACACAAAUAAAACAUUUAGAUGGUAAAAUUGAA